AUUAUUUUGAGCGUUUAAAAUGUCCUCGCUUUUGAUUUUGGCGUUACUUGUCACAUUCUAUGGAUUUUCUGCUGCUUUUCUGGCAAAUCCGGGAGAUGGGGAUGAAAUCAUGGCAGAGAUUUCACAACUUCGCCAGGUGAUCCAACAAUUAAGUACACAGGUCAAAUCUUCCUGUGGAUGUGCUACAACUUUGAAACCAAGAUGUCCAGACGGCUGGCAAAUGUUCGAGAAUAACUGUUAUUAUUUUGGCGUUGUUCCAAAAUCCUGGCAAGAUGCGGAAGUAGCUUGUGAACGCCUUGGCGGCCAUCUUGCAACAGUUCAUUCUUCAGAGGAAGAACAGUUCAUACUGGAUUACGUACACCGCGAAAGGAAAACCUUAGUAGACAUGUCACAUGGGUAUACUUGGCUCGGGGGACACGACUUCUUACAGGAAGGCAAUUGGAUGUGGAUAACAGACGAGGUGUUUAACUAUACCAACUGGAGGGUGACGAAUCCGGCGAGCAAUCAAGCUGAGGACUGUCUGGACUUAAGUGGUGGAGGCUGGAAUGAUAACACGUGUUCCUAUAAACUGAAUUAUGUUUGUGAACGGAAAGCUUUCUAAGUUGCGGUGAAUACCUAAAGGAAAUCUUUUUUGUCAUCUUAAUGAAUAUGAUUUGUAAUAAAAAAAUGUCCAGAGGUUGCACUUAUAAGACAAAUUAUGUACAUGAUGUCAUGUGUUUUUGUAUUAAUUAAAAAUAUACUUA